CUGUUUUUAGUGUUUAUGAAGUCAGCAUGUUCGGCCAGUGUAUAAGUUCAAUGAUAUGUUAACAGUUAUUGAGAUGACAUGCUUUGGAUUUUGCCGACAUGAUCUGGUUUGACACGCCAUAACACUACUACAAGAUUUUGGCUUUGAAUCCACACAUAAGUCCAGCAUCAACAUCAUUGCCUGUCAAAAUGUUCCAUCCUUCUAACAGCAGUGCAACACUAAAGCAGUCACAGCCUAUGCCGAAAUGGUUGUGGAUCUGCAUUGCCAAGUCACUUGGCAUCAAGACACAUCCAGGAGAUAAGCCGAUUCUAGCCACGAUACUUUAUGCAUUCACCAUGACUGUCACAUUGGCGUAUUUCAUCACUAGCUCCUGGUACGUCGGCUAUGAUAUCGAAGCCACCACAACCAAAUUUGACGUCCUGAACGGCUCAGUGACGGUUUUGAUGGCGGCUGGAUUUUGUUGUGUCACCAUUUACGCCAACAACUUAGCUUACAAGCUCUUCACAAACACCGUGUUCAGACAGAGCCUUCGGCUGCACUCCAAGACAAUUCUCAAGGUCAAUACCUCCCUACUCAUGGUGAUUUUAAGCACAUUGUUUAUCGGGAUCUACACCUACAUUUGCUACUCGGGGUUCGAAGCCAAACACUGUGAAGAUAUACAGCUUAGUCCCGUUAUUUGCUACAUCCGAUUCCCCAGUCAAAUCGCACUGUCUGUUAUUUCCUUCAUCUGGAAUAUGCUGGUGGCUGUGGUCUGCAUGUCAGUCUGUCGUACACAUACAAUCAGCAUUCGUCAUUUACUCCUGGAGCUAGAUGAAGAUGCUAUGAUAUGUGAGAAGGGAAACAGGAUACCCUCUGUAUCUGGAGACUCCAUCGAUGGUGAACAGCAGGCAGAAAAUAUAUCCAAUGGGGAACAUGAAGCCUCCUUCCAGGAUGACUUGGCUGUUCGCAGACUGGAAGUUGCUUGGGACAGGAGUGAGUUGGAAAGAAGACAGUAUCGUAUAAGCAGCUCACACUAUGAUGCCAGUAUGUCCGUCAGUAUGCAGGAUACAGUUAUAGAACAAGACUUGCCAGAUUCAGCUGGUAAUCAACAGGAAGGGUUACAAUGGCGCAAUGCAUCCAUUGUAUCUGGAUUUAUACAUACGCCAGCAAUCAAAAGCCUCACAAAUCCAGAGAUUCUAGACCGUUAUUGGAAACUGCAGUGUCGACUGAACACAACAUCCAUCGUCCUACAACGUUGGAUAACAUCUUGGAUUGUCUUAAUACUCUUAUGGAGUCUUUACUAUCUGAUGUACUGGAUUGAUCACGAUGCCACCAUUGCUGAUAUGAUUAUCUUCUUUAUACCUCCAUCAUUGUUACCGCUACUCUGCUCUGGGCCUAUUGAGGUCAACGGAGAAGGGGAACGAGUCUCAAAGAUGAUUUGCCCAAGUGAAAAACGUAUGCCGGUUAUUAUGUUCAUCAGACAGGCACCACUUUCUAUAACGCUUUAUGGCUUUUCGUUGAACUACUCUACCAUUGUUACGGCCAUUCUUGCCAUCGCCGUUGCCUUUGGAACCAAAAUCAUCUUUGGAAACAUUAACAUGGAUGGACAGACUCCAAGCCCAAGCCUAGCCCCUAUCACUCCAUUUUAGGAAAUCAAUUAUUCCCCGAUGAUUUUAAAGCUUAAUUUGUUUAAGUUUCAGAACGUUUGUCACAAGCUUUUGUUUAGUUUGUUUUAUACUACACAAAGACACUAAGAUUCAUCAGAGCCUAAUUUCACUGCUUACUGCCAAAUUAUGCACUUGCCAUCACCAUUCUCCGCUUACUGUGCAAGCGCCGAGUUUCUGCGCUAGCUGUGUAAGCGAAGAAUGCCUAGUAACAUGGAGUACGCUACGCACACACACAAGCAAACAUUCCCUGUUAACCCAACCAUACAGAGCCAUGAAAUUUUCAUGGCGCCUGUAAGCUCAAAAACUUGCUAAGCACAGAAAAGAAUUGGUUAUUAUAUCCGUUCACUGUUGUAAAUGUUAAUUUAUAAUUUAUUUGUAAGCACAAGUUGUUAUGUUGAGAUAGUUAAUGUUCUCAAUGAAAAUGUUAUCUUUAAUGCUGACUUUAUCGGGUGUGG